UUGUAGGCAGUCUGGGUGAGAGAUUGCUGGGACUGCUAGUCUGGCGUGUGGGAGGUACUCACCAUGAGCAUGGAUUCGGUCGAUGGCAGAAAAAGCAAAUAUAUUGUGAGAUUCAAGUUGUUAGUGAGAGGCUGACUUACUGUCCCAUGAAUGCCCCACCCCCUCCUCCCUCCGCUUCCUUCCCUCCCCAAUCACUCUGUCCUUCGUUUGUGUAGCUGGACACUGCAUGCCACCUCUUGAUUUCCUCCAAGGUCUCGAGGGUUAUUGCUUCACCAUUGAGACGAUCCUAUUUGCUUCCGAGGCAGUCUUGCUUUAUCUUCCAGAUAUCGACCUUGAUUCACUCAAAGCCUAGCUUGUAGCAAUGCCUCCAACCUCGUUCAAGUCAAUCAGGCAGCUGCUUGGGACUUCCGAACAGACGCAUCAGUCCAAGAUACACAUCGUCGAUAAAUAUGCCCAGCAUGAAGAACAUGGCUCUAUGCUAGACCAUGCAGUUCGGUUCGACUCAGAAACUCAUAGUUUUAUUCCAGCCAACCCUGCAGGGGAUACUCACAUAGCGCCAAAGGUGAAUCUUCCACCGCCUUCGGUUCAUGAAGAAGAACAAAGAUUCCUACAAGCGAUGCGAGACUACGAAGAUAAAUCUAAGAAUAAAUACAAGACGGGCAUCAAAGUGGACCAAGUACACACCAUAGAGGAGCUUUGGGAUAGUGUGGAUCAGGUCGCAGCGAAAUACAAGAACAGCGAAGCGGAAAAGGGUGUGUGGAAUCAGAUUCGAAACGCAUUCCGGACAUUGGGGGACCAUGAGAACGCUAUCAAUGGAUGGCUGGGGCUUCUGCCCUCCGAAUCGAGCUAUUUAAGUGUUGUGUGUGGAGGACUCAAGUUUAUCCUGCAUGCAGUGGCACGCGCCAAGGAAGUGCGUAACGCCAUCGUCGGUGGCCUGCGUGAUAUUCCCCUAUUACUGGGUGGUGCUCAGAGGGUUUUGGCAAUUUUUAAGACGUCUGAACCUCUUCGGGCUUGCAGCGAUGCUCUAUACCUUGCAGUUCUGACAGCUCUGGGGCAAAUGCUCGCCUAUACACAGAAGCACACUCGUGAAAAGGCAUUGGGGGCAAUCAUGCGAAAUUCAAGCUUUCAGGUGGCCUUGACCCAAAGUAUUGAGGAUGUGCGAAAAUGCAAGGAUAAUUUCAAUGAGGAGGCUAACAUAUGUAGCAUGCAGAUGGCUAGUCAGAUUGAACAGUUAUCGCAGGGCAUUGACAAAACGACUACAGGGUUUCGUGAAAUGUUGGAGGACUCUAUGGAGCUGGUCUGUAGCGAGGUUAGAAGGACGCAAGCGCUCCAAGCCCAAUAUAACAAAACGAUUGAGGAGAAGCUUGACAGGAGUAAUCAACUCAAUGAAAAGAUUAAUUUCAAGUUGAACGCACUCCUGGUCUUAUUUGAGUGUAACCCACAAUUAGCGGAUGAAGCAUAUGUCAAUUCUCAGGGGUUUUAUGCGCCUUCUCCAUACGCGAUGACAUCCUUUGUAUCUGGCCACACAAGUCACCGCAUGGCCCAAGAAGCUUCAGUAUAUUCCCCGCGCGACCUUCGUGCCAUUGUCCGAUCAAGACUCAUAUAUGAGGAACAUCAAGCCCAGGCUGAUGUUGUUGCUAAUUACCAACUAGCAGGAAGGCUAUCACUUGAAGACCAAGAUCGUUGCGUAUACGUGAUUCGUUCACCCGAGCUGGCAGCCUGGAUCCGUACGCCAACCUCCAGUAUCUUGGUAGUGAACGGCAACGCACCUAGAAACCAAUUCCAAACGCCAUGGAGUUUCACUGCUGCCAGACUGGUAUACACGCUCGACAUGAUGCGGGCCAAUAACUCCGAUAACAAGGACCAGAUAGCUGCGGUCCAUUUCUUCUGCGGCGAGCAUGUUGAUACCAGCAAUGAGCUAAAUUCUCCAACGACCAUCCCGAGCGAGAUUCUGUCACAGCUUUUGUCUUCCUUCAAGCAUAUCGACCUUGUUCCCCUUCUGAAGAUGGGCCAAUUCGAUGGGGACGACAUGGAAGCGGUCUGUCAACGGAUUGAAUGCUUCCUAGAUCUUCUACCAGCGACGGCGGUUGUCUUUUGCAUAAUCGACGGCUUGUCAUUUUACCUCGCCGAUGAGAAGACAUCUGAGCAGGCAAACGAGUUGCUUCGGUGGCUCAUCAAAUUGACACGCCAUCAACAAAAGGCCAGGAAACACUUGGAAAUAUGUACGUUCAAGUUAAUUCUUACUGCGCCGCGGCAGCUUCAAGCAUCGUAUGUCACAAAUUUAAGGGCGGAUGAAGUCUUACAAGUGCCAAUCAGGCCUCCUAGAACAGGAGGCUUCACGGAAAUGAAAUGGGAAGCUGGAGCGGGUGGCCAACUUGGCAUGCUCGGAUGAGAUAUUUCAAAUCUGGUUGUGAUUGUGAUGAUUGUUAGAUGAACUGAAGAAGUACACAUUUUAUCUUAAG